AUGAAGUUUGACUGGUCUUCGGGCGCAUUCGUCGCCCUCAUUGCGAGCGCUGAAGCCGCCAAGCACGGCCACGGCCACCACCACCAUGAAGUUCGCGUUCCCGAUGCCGAUAUCACCCUGGAGAAGAGAGGCGGCCAGUGCGAGUUUCCCUCGGACGCCGGCCUGGUUUCUAUCACCCCCAAUCUCAAGAACGCUGGAUGGGCGAUGAGCCCUGACCAGUCUUGCAAGCCUGGCAACUACUGCCCCUACGCCUGUCCCCCGGGUCAGGUCUCGAUGCAGUGGGACCCCAAGGCUACCUCCUACUCCUACCCCAUGUCGAUGAACGGUGGUCUCUUCUGUGACAACGAUGGAAAGAUCCACAAGCCCUUCCCCGACAAGCCAUACUGUGAGGAUGGCACGGGUGCCGUCAAGGCCAUCAGCAAGGCCGGCAAGCAUGUCGCCUUCUGUCAGACUGUCCUGCCUGGCAACGAGGCCAUGUUGAUUCCGACCCUGGUCAAGGACUUGGCCGCCACCCUCGCCGUGCCUGGCAUCUCCUACUGGUGUGAGACUUCUGCCCAGUACUACAUCAACCCGCCCGGUAUUACUGUGGAGGAGGCUUGUGUCUGGGGUAAUAAGGAAAAGCCCAUUGGUAACUGGUCUCCGUACACUGCCGGUGCCAACACUAUGAAGGACGGCAGCUCCUACGUCAAGCUUGGCUGGAACCCUAUCUACCUGGAGCCCGCCACGCCUUUCCGCAACGAAAAGCCCGACUGGGGUGUUGAGAUCGAGUGCACUGGUGGCGAGUGCAAUGGCCUCCCCUGCCGCAUUGACCCGGCCGAGGGUGUCAACAAGAUGAUCGGCAAUCCCUUCGAAGGUGCUGGUGGUGCUACUGGCUGUGUUGUGACAGUUCCCAAGGGCGCCACCGCCCACAUCGUUGUCUUCUCCAAGAAUGGCGGUGGCAGCGAGUCUGAGACCCUGCCGCUCCCGUCCAGCAGCGAGUCCUCCAGCUCGAGCACCAGCACCAGCUCGAGCACUAGCACGAGCUCGAGCACUAGCACCAGCACUCCGACCCCGACCCCCACCAGCACUAGCACACCGACGCAGACCCCGACCAGCACCUCUACUCCUACCCCGACGCCGCCCUCCAGCAGCUCCACCCGCACUCCUACCCCUACCUCGACCAAGACCCCUACGUCCACCCCCAGCUCCAGCUCGACUUCGUCUAGCACCAGACUGGCUCGCGUCAAGCCCCAGAUGAGCAACACCCCCCGCCCCCACGUGUUCGCCCCGAGCGCCAGCGCUCAAAUCGCCCAGCCUGCCCCGACGGAUGCUGGCGCGAACUCGGGCACCAACUCUGCUGGUGCGGGUGGUACGGGUGCCCCGACCUCGCCUGCCGCGGGCAGCGGUGCCACCAGCACCACAGCCUCGAUGCUGUCUCUGGUCUUCGGUGCUCUCGCUAUCUUGGCUGUGCACGUCUAA